AACAAAGGAAUGGAUCGUAUCGGGAUUUAUCUCAGGUUUUGUUCUUCAGGCUAGUUGAGUCCGUUUUCUUUUUCUUUGUUCGAUUUAGGAUCCUAGGCAGCACUGCGUGUGUGGGCACACAAUUGUACCCCUCCCCUUCUUUCCCUAGACCCCGUGGGUAUUUUUAGAGAUGAUGUUCCCAGUCAACUAACGUAACGGAAAGAAAACCUCUCAGCUGAAGAGUGAGCAAGGCGACAAAUGAAACACUGUCUCCGCCAGGAAAGAAACACCCAUGAACAUGAAAACUACAAGUUAUAUUUUUGUGGGUGCGCUGGUGAUUCUAUCCAAUCCAGGCAAAUUGUCAGGUCACACCACAAAACCACCACACACUGAGCCCCCAACUGCCCAGUCGGACGUAGGAGCACCCCACUCCAUCACCGCCUCCCUCUCCAGCCCCAGAGUGACUGCUGGAGAGGCAGCCUCGAGUGCUCCACCACAAGAGCAAACCUCUCAUCACGCUGCCACUCUCCCCUCCCCGUCAGAGGCAACCCACGUCACUACUGCUUUGUCACCAGAACUUAGCAGUGUCUCUGGAGGAAGGACCGAUGCAGCUACUCUACAUACAACAGCCUCCCUCCACACCCUCUCAGUCCUCCCACAGAAUGACUCCAGUCUCGGCCCUAAGCCAGUUCCCUUCACAGCAUCCUCUGCUGUUGUCACGUCAGUUCCCCCAGGGAGGGGCAUCACCCCCACAGAGCUGACCACCAUUCCUGCAGCAGCACCUAAUCAGACUGAGAGUAAUCACUUGAACACAGACACCUCAGCGCUUGCCAUCCUACCUAUCCAGACGACACCUCAAUCUACCCAUAUCCCUGUGUCUAGCCAGACAACCCGUCAGCCAACCACCAAGUCAGUGCCUGUAGGGACAGCUGUCGAAAUUACCUCCCUGCCACCAACCCCUUCUCCUACCCAACUCCUCACGACAGAGGCGCCCCAGACACCUGACCAUCUCUCGGUGGCUCCCCCCAAACAGCAAGAGCCUCCCCAGUUGGAUGUUGGUGACGAGGAUGCAGCACAUGAGGGCCACCAUCCUGCCUCACCGCUGGACCCCAUCCUUGCAGGACUGGUGUCCGUAUUCAUCGUCUGCACUGCAAUAGCCUCUGUCAUGCUCUUCCUCAAAUUCCGCCAGCGUAAUGAGCACCCCGAGUUCCACCGCCUGCAUGAUCUCCCCAUGGAUGACCUGCUGGAAGAUACACCUCUCUCAAGAUACACCUACUAGCCAGCAUAUCUCAAGGUUAGGGGUAAAAGGAGCCUGAAAACCACUGCCACUGACUGCUCGUCUUGCCUUCUGAUUAAGGAGAAUUUAGAAUUUAGAGUUUAUUUUCUAGACUUCACCCUCACUACUGUCAUUUCAACAGUCAUUAUUUAGAGCCCUAAUUUGCAAAGUCGAGCAACAGCUAGCAAAAGUGCCUUGUGCUUGAACUAAAGCUAUUAUGUGGCAUGUGGCAACAUUGCACUGACCCAUCUAUGUCUGCGCUUUACACAACUUUACACAACUUUACACUUAGUCUGUCAUUUAAAUUGGGACCCUUAAUCUAAUAUAACAAACAAUCAGAGAUUCAUUUUUGAGGAGUAUAUGAUCCAAGGGAUCAAGCAUUUAGUCCAUGCCUUUCCUAUUGUGGUACCUUACGUGAUUGGGCUGUUUAGAUGCCCAUAUUGCCAAAUAACACAAACAAUGCUUGAAUAAUAAAUUGUUUGACUGAAAAUGUAGUGAGAGAGCAAAACAAAUGGUGUAAGAGACAAUGCUGGUCAUUAUGUGAUUUUUUAUCUUGAGAGAGAGAGGAACAUUUAUGGUAUGUGUACAAGGGUGCAGUAUAUACUAGGAUUUUUGGUAAUUGAUGUUUGAUGUAGCUGUUCAUAAACACUGGUACUCCAAUGUAUGUUUCUUCACCUUAUCGGUAAUCAUGUGUGUUUAAAUUUGAAAAAGAACAAAGUUACAAUUGUGUUGUGGUGACUUAUCCAAUUCCAGCCCUAAAAGGCCUGGUGUUGUAUUUAAUUGGUUAACAGCUAGCAUAUCCUUAAAAUGUCAAAAAGAAGCUGCAGUUCUGUUGAUCAGGUCCAUUGCCAAAGUGUUCUCAGGUCAGUUGCCUAUAUGAGGUUUUCAGGGAAGGCUUGCUACCAUAACAUAUAUCAGUGCCACUGUCAACAUAUUGUUGAAUGCCCCCAGAUUCGUAUGCCUUUAAUCUGAUAUAAGAGAAGAGAAGAGAGUGACAGUUGUGGGAGAGAGGGAUGGGGUGGGAUUGGGAAAUUCUGUAUGUGGUAUGGGCACUGUAGCCAGUUGCGCCACAGUUUUGUACAACAUUUUCUGUUGCAUACAUGUACUGCUGUUUUUCUUGUAAUCUUUCCUUCAUCUGUGCUUAGACUGGCCCCUCUGCAGUGGCAACAAUUCAAUUCACCGCAUUGAUUCUUGAUAUCUAGCAACACUUUAGUAUUUUAGGAAUCGCUUAAGGAAUACACCAGAAAAUCUCACCUCAUCUCAGAAAGUCUCAUUUAAUGUGAACAGUAACUUCCAGCUGAAAUAAGUAAAAGGCUCAGUGACAAACUAACCAAAACUUUUGGGUCUGAAAUUAUGUUAGCUGCCUCACUGAUCGAGUAAGGAGCAUUGGCAUGAGUUGACUUAAAGGCAUUUUCCAGGCAGUAGUUACGAGCAGGUAGAUCAUACAAAAUGCAAAAAUGAAGGAAAAGGUUCUAAUUUAUAAUGUACUGUAUAUGGAGUUGUUCUGCUAUGUUCUGUUUUGUAGCUGUUUUUUUUUUUUUUUUUUGAUAUAUUAAGUUGCCUAGAAAAUGCAACAUAUUUUGGUAUAGUUGAUACACUAUGGAAUUAUCUGUAUUUGUAAAAAUGUUCACCUGUUUUGGGAUGCACAGAAAUAUGUUGCCUUAGGCUUAUACUUGACUCCCGUUUCAUGAAAAAAAAAAAAAGGAUCAACCCCAAAUAUAUUGAAGAUGUGCUGUACACAAGUGUUGUAUCCUUGUUGCAGGUGACAAGUGCCAAAAUGUGGUUAAAUGUAAAAUAUGUUGCAUAUAUAUAUGUGAAUAUAUUGUAUAAAAGCUCAAGUUUAGA